AUGUCUGCCGAAGCCUUCGUCAAAGCGGCCGAGAACCGUCGCACAAUUUACAAGCUGGGCAAGAAUGCCCCUGUCUCCGACGCAAAGGUCGAGGAGCUUGUCAAUGCUGCUAUCUUGAACGUUCCCAGCUCGUUCAACACCCAGUCUACCCGUCUUGUUGUCCUGCUUAAGGAGGAGCACGAGCGUCUCUGGGAUAUCGCUGCCUCUACCUUCGAGGGUCUCGUUGCUACUGGCGCCGUCCCCGAGGAGACAUACAAAAACCAGACUCUGCCUAAGCUGCAGAUGUUCAAGGCUGCCUACGGAACUAUCCUCUUCUACGAAGACCCCGCCCACAUCAAGGGCUUCCAGGAUAAGUUCGCCGCUUUCAAGGACCACUUCGAGCCUUGGGCUGAUCACUCCAACGCUAUGCACCAGUACUUCCUCUGGACUGCCCUCGAGAGCGUUGGUUUCGGUGCUAACCUGCAACACUACAACCCUCUUAUCAACGAGCCCGUCGCUAAGCAGUGGAACCUGCCUACUGAGUGGCGUCUUGUUGCCCAGAUGGUCUUCGGUUCCCCCGAGGUACCAGCUGGUGAGAAGGUCCAGAAGCCUAUUGAGGAGCGCGUGAAGAUCUUCGGAAAGCAGUAG